AUGUCGGCUUCCCAGACCGUCUUGGCCGAACCUCGGCAAGUGCCUAUGACGGAACUUGAGCUCCAACCCGUAUCGAGGGAUGCGGACGCCUCGAUGGCAGCGACCGUCCCUCCGGCGGAUGCCAUAGAGCGGGAAUCGGCUACGCCCACGUGGAAGUUGAUUGUCGCUGGCUUCUCCUUCUUCUGUGCCGGAGUCAACGACGGCACCCUUGGCCCACUUAUACCGUAUAUCCUCUCGACCUUUCACAUAGGCACAGGGGAGAUAGCCAUCAUAUAUGGCACAACAUUCUGCGGCUGGCUCCUCGCCGCUGUGACAAACCCCAUCUUGACAGCCCAUCUCACCCUCGGACAACUCCUAGGAAUAGGGGCUGCCCUCCAGCUUCUGUCCCAGUGUCUUCGGCCUUGGGGUCCGUUCCCACUAUUCUGCAUCACUUUCUUCCUUCAGGCCCUCGGCAUGGCUUACCAAGACAGCCACUCCAACACCUUCGUCAGCGGCCUGAAGAACGUACCGCACCGCUGGCUUGGCUUCAUCCACGCAUGCUACGCCCUGGGUACAUUCGUGGGGCCGCUCAUCGCGACCGGGAUCGCCAACACCCAGAGCUCUGGCCCAAUCGAGGCCUGGAGAUUGGUAUACUUCAUCCUCAUUGGCAUCGGGGUGGCGAACCUAGCUGGUGUAGCCGUAGCAUUCAGAGAUACGUUCUGGGGCAGGGUAAAGGAUAAACAGUCUCAACCUGGUAGCCGAAGGAACAGGCUUGCGUGGCAGGAGAUGGGGGCGCUCCUAAAACUCAAGGUCAUAUGGCUAAUCAGCCUCUUCUAUUUCUUCGAGCUGGGGUGGUGUACGACGGCAGGAGGUUGGGUCGUCGAAUUCCUCACCACGGUCAGGGGCGGCGAUCUGUCAAAGGUUGGAUAUGUUCCCGCCGGCUUCUCCGGAGGACUGUUUCUGGGCAGGCUCCUCUUGGCCGAGCCAACCUUCAGGUUCGGGGAGCAGAGGAUGCUGUUGGUCUACAGUGCUCUCACCGCGGCGCUGCAGUUGGAAUUCUGGUUACAACCGAACAUCAUUGCCAGUGCCACUGCGCUUAGUCUGAUGGGCUUCCUAUUUGGACCGUUCUUUGCCACGGGGAUGUCAGUUGCCUCCAAGAUUCUGCCGAAGGAGUCACAAGCCGCCAGUCUCGGCUUCAUCUUCGUGCUUGCUCAGGCUGGCGGGGCUAUAUUUCCAUCGAUUACGGGCUUGAUAGCAACAUCCGCCGGUGUGGCUGUACUACAGCCCAUAGUGCUGGCGCUGAUAGUCGCCGGUGCAGUAUUUUGGUGGAUGGUCCCGAAGGUUUCAGAUCGGAGUGAUUGA